AUGGCCAGACGCCAACACUGUUCUGAGCGUUCUCGAAGCUUACUGCGUAGCCAAAGUGUGCACUCAGCUUCAGACGCAGAUACACUCAGCACCACCAACAAAGCCAAUCAGACUCAAACGGGAAGCGUGUUGCGCCAUUUAAACAUUCAAAAUAUCGUAGUCCCUUCAGGUGAACAGCAUCACAAACAAGAGGCCCAGCUGGGAUUGAGGAAUACUCAGCCUGAAGUGAACAAACUGAUUCCGUUUAUAGGCAGAGUUGAAACGUCAGUUCUCAAACAUCCGGACUGUCAGGAUACAAUAACUUUAUGCUCCACUGAAGCUGGUGACGUCGGGUCGACAAGGAACAAUCAUUCAGAACCGAUCAUGAAAGAUGAGGUAUAA